AUGCCAGUCCAUGUCGAGAACUCCGGAAGCACCACUCGCGACUACCUGAUGCUCGAACGCAAUCUCCUGUCGCAUGUCAAGCUUGGCAUGCUCCUAUCCCUGCUUUCGUCGUCUGUCCUCCUCAAGGUCCGUCUCACUGGGGCUUCCGCUGGGGGUGAUCCGCACGGAAUCCGAAUACCGAUAUCCACGAUUGAGUAUAUAGCGGCGGUGCUGGCAUUGUGCGUGGGGAUAUUUCAAUACUAUCGGACAUCCUAUGACCUCAAGACCAUGCGUGGAUUCCUCGUGGCGACAAAGAUACAUUUUACCAUCAUGGUGUUGGUGGCAGCAGUUGUACUUACGACAUGUAUCGUGCUACUUGCGGAAGAGUCAUUUUGA